AUGGACGACCCGUACGUCCUCCAGCCAGUCUUGGCGGAUUUAUACGACUCUCAUGAUCUCCUCGACUUCUCUGCGCCGGGGACGCACCACAUCACGUCGUUCUCUCCCGCCGCUUCCCCAUCUCCACCGAAAGAGAACUCGGUCGGAUCGCUGUUCAGCAGUGUCGCGGGAUUCGCGGCGGGCGUCGGGGCACGUGCUGGUAUCGCGUCACCACCACAAGGGCAAGGAUCCGUGUCGCCUGGGUCUCCAGGUGCACCUGCGAGCCCCCGAAGAGGCUCAGGCUCAGACACCGAGGUACCCGAGCGCACCGAGGUGCGGUGCGUCGAGGGCUUCGGACCAAACCUCUACGUGGGAGGGAGUGAUGGUGUCGUAGAGUGGUGGGUUUAUGAUGGGAGUGCUGGGCCGAGUGAGACCCGGGGAUGGAAGCUGCAGCGGAAACACAAGCUCUUCCCAUGCCGACCAGUGAGCCGUAUCGUACUGCUCCCCAAGGUCUCGCGCGCCCUGGUGCUCUCCGAGGGCACCCUACACCCACUCAGCCUACCCGGGCUCGAGCCUCUGCCCUCCAACUCGAUCGCGGCUGUGCGCGGCGUCGUGAGCGUCGCGCUCAACGACGACGAACUCGACUUGGCCGACAAAGACGGCACGACGGACAUGACGGUUGUGCUUGUUAAGCGCAAGGGCUUGGGAAUAUACCACCUCGGCCAGCGCAUGACCAUGGUCAAGGAAAUUCCCCUGCCCGCGCCACCUCGGUACCACGCCCUGUUCAACACGUACAUGUGCGCGGCGCUGCCAACCGAAAGCGGCCUGACGUACUGCAUCAUUGACCUGUCGGACGCGUCGUUGACCGAGGUUCUUCCGGUAUCGCAGGUUGACCCCGACGACAACUGGAAGCCCAACCCCAAUGUCGUCGUCAUUCCAGGGGAGAGCCAGUUCCUCGUCACGUCAUACACGGGCGCUAACACAAUGGGUGUCUUCCUCAACGGCCAGGGCGACCCCGAGCGCGGUACCGUCGAGUGGACUGAGCAUCCGAUCUGCAUCGCAAUCGAGAGCGGCUUCAUCAUCGCCCUCCUCCGCAACAACACGGUCGUCGUGCACAACCUCAACGACCUCGAGAACCCGGCCCAGGUCAUCUCACUCGACGCAACCGCUGACGUUUUCACCCUCUCCUACACUCCAUACGGGAUAAGCAUCCGUGACGCCGUGCGCGACGAGCGCAUGGUGCCUACACGCUUCACGCUGUUGAGCGGUGCGUUAGCACCAGCCACAGUACCGCUCGAGAGCCCCGAGGUGCCGCCAGAAUCACCAGAGAUCGGCGAACCCGAGCCCGAUGAGACUGAAGAGCCGGAAGGCGGGUCGGGCCUCACGCCUCCGUCCUCGCCCAAGUUUGCGCGCCAGCCUAUCCAGCCAGUACGGAGUUCGUCCCUCAUCUCGGCCGCUAGCGAUCGUAGGCCGCCUUUCUCCUCCGUCAUCGCCGAGACGCUCGUGGUCAGCCGACACUCGAUCCAGGGCCUCGUCCCCACCCCGGCCGUCCUCCGUCUCGAGCGCCUGUGCGCGGAGCACAGAGUCGACGAGGCGAUCGCGAUGGUAGACGAGGAGCGGCGUCGUGGGCGGCGCGGUGAGAUCGACAUUGACAAGGCGACGCACACAGCCACCGUCCGCUUCAUGCACCAGUACCUCGCGUGCCAUCUGCUCGUCGAAACUGUGUUUGAACGUGCGGGCGACUACUUUAUCCGCGGCAAGGUUGACCCGCGCGUGCUCGUCCGCCUGUUUCCCGCGUACCGCGGUAAGACAAUCGGUACGGCCGAAGAAGUCGACGUGUACGAGGGACUAGUGUCGACGCUGGAAACGAUGCAGCCAGUGGAGGACAUCAUCUCUUCGUUUCUCGACCGCAACUCGCCCCGGCCAGACCCGUCCGAGGCCGAGGAGCUGCGCCUGGCGUUGUACUACAGCGCGAAGAACAUGCUCAUCGAGUUCCUGCGCAAGACGCGCGGGCAGCGGCGGAAGGGCGGGUCGCGGGGCCUCGACUCGCGCAAGAUCGACAUUGUUGUCGACACGACGCUUGCCAAGCUCUUAGCUGAGGAGGGAACUACGCACGAGCUGCUCGCCCUGCUCGGCGGGCCGAACGACGUCGUCCUUUUGGAGCUCGAGCCCUUCCUCGCGCAACGCAAGUAUGUGCUCAGCACUGUCAUGAAAAGCGAGGGGCGGAUCGACCGGGUGCUUGAGCUGUUGAAGGAGAUCGCUGAAGGGCCUCCCGACCCGCUGUGCGACGAUCCGGUCGGCGAACUCGUGCAGACGCUCGACACGGUUGACGACCCCGAGCUCUUGCGCCACUACGUGCUGUGGAUGGUUUCGCGCGAGCCGGAGAAGGCACUCAGCCUGCUGAUUACAAAGGGGAACGCGAUCAAGGUCGACGACGAAGCACUCAUCUCGGACCUCGGCGCGGUGGACAAAGAGGCUGCUGAGCAGUACCUCGAGUACGUGGUGGUCGGCAAGCGCACGGGUUCUCCGGCACUGCACGAGCGACUGCUCUCCCACCUUCUCGAGCAGGCGGAUGAGAUGGUCGCCGACGACGGGAUCAAGUACCACCUCGAGGAGCUUGACGCCGAGUACCGUCUGGCCGGGAGCUCGAGCUACGCCGAGUUCUUCGCCGAGGUCGCGCCUCCGACGCCGUUCAAGACGCUGCGCCUGAAGCUCAUGCUGUUCCUCCAGAACGCGGUGUACGAUCUAGAUGCCGCUUCGACGCGCUUGGAGAAGAUUGAUGUGCUGGUGACGGAGCGUGCGAUCGUCCUCGGCCGCCUGAACCGACACACCGAUGCUCUCAAGCUCCUCGCCCAGGAUCUGCCUGACACGGUGUCGGCGCAGACGUACUGCACUUUGGGGGGCGAGAUCAUCCCGCCCAAGGUCGCCAAGGCGAUCACGAAGCACGAGCCAGGCGUCGCGGGAUGGUCGGCGCUAGGCGACGGGCGCAGCGGCACGGUGGACGCUGACACGCAGCACCGCCUUAUUGUUGAGUUGUUGCGCGCGUACAUGGGCGACAGUGGGGGUUCGGCACGCUCGGCCAGCCUGUUGUCGGCGCAGGGCGUGCAUUUGGACGUGGACGAGGUUCUGGACAUGGCGCCGGGGGAUUGGCCACUCGACACCGUCACGACGUUCUAUCGCCGGAGUUACCGACGUCUGCUUCAGGAGAAGACGACGGGGUUGAUCCUCAAGAGCAUUGCGGCGGGACAGAACCUCGAGACGAGCCAGCGAUACCUCGACGCCAUGAUGCACGUACCGCCAACUACGCUGGACGCGCCGGAGGAAGCGGAGAAGACGGUCAUGUACGAGGAGAAGGAGAUGAGUGAGAAGACGGUCGAGAGUGUGAGCGAUGAGAGCGACGAGAGUGACGAGAGCGAGAAGCCGCGCGAGCAUUAUCCCGCUGCCCGACUAUCGCGCAUGUGA